GUAUCGUACUUUACUACCAAGUUAAAUAAUUACGCGAUACAUUUAAAAACUGCGUGUUCGCAUAAAUUCUUGAAAAAGGAUUUAUUCAGUAAAUAUAUUCUGAGUUAAAACUGAAAAUGGGCAGAAUAAAUAAUUCAUUCCUCUGGGGAAUACUUUUUGCAUCUGCGACGUGGAGUAUUUCGCUUUACCUAUAUUGGUUAUUGAAUAUGAGCGGUGAAAGUUCAAUAAAAAAUUCAGAAAACGGGAUACAUUAUCGCCUUAUCAAUACUGAAGAAAGAAAUCGUUUAAAAAACAAUGACAAAUCUAUUGCAGCAUUGGAGGGCAAAAAUCUUCUAUAUGAUAAUCCCAAAGCAAAUGAUAGAUUUGGAAAUAAAAUGUGGAAAAAUCAAAGAGAUCAUUCGGAUUAUUUAAGAAAAAUUAUCUUAAAAGAAAAAUUUGCUAGGCAAUUUCAACAAAAAUCAUUUGCAAAAGUAGACAAGAGUCUGGAAAGUCAAUUUGGUUUAAUUCGUAAUGCAGAAGAUGUUAGAAUCAGAGAGAAAGGUUACAAUGUCCAUGCAUUCAACACUCUUAUCUCACAACGAAUUGGUAACCACCGAGAAGUUCCUGACACUAGAUAUAAAUUAUGUGCCACACAAAAGUAUCCCUAUAAACUUCCAAAAGCAUCCAUUAUAAUUUGCUUUUAUAAUGAACACUUUGAAACACUUAUGAGGUCCGUGCACUCAAUAUUGGACCGUACAGAACAAAUAUAUUUAAAGGAGAUAAUACUGAUUGAUGACUACAGUGACAUAGAAGGCCUGCACGAUAAGGUUCAAAAGGCUGUGAAUGAACUAAACAGCAACAUGAGGAAGGAAGAAGAAAUGCUUGAAACAAAUAAUAUAGACCCUGACAAUAUUGUUGCUGACCAUAUAAAUGACGAUAACAAUGUGGAGAACCUUAAGAAAACUACAGAUAGUAGCACUGGCAAAUUGAAGAAGAGUGGAUUAAAUAUACGGCUUCUAAAAACUAGUAAGAGGGAAGGAUUGAUUCGCGCAAGGUUGUAUGGAGCUGAUAAUAGUGUGGGUGAGGUACUACUUUUCCUAGACUCUCAUAUAGAAGUGAAUGUUAAUUGGCUGCCACCGUUACUGUCUCGACUCUCUGAGGGAGUAGAUGGGGUUAGCACUCGCUAUUCCCCCCGUGUGGUCGCUCCCAUUAUUGAUGUGAUAAACGCUGAUACAUUUGACUAUACUGGCAGUCCUUUAGUGAGAGGCGGCUUCAACUGGGGGCUACACUUUAAGUGGGAUAAUCUGCCAAAGGGCACAUUGAAUGAAGAAUCAGACUUCGUGAAGCCAAUUAAGUCGCCAACAAUAGCGGGUGGACUGUUUGCUGUAUAUCGCGAAUAUUUCAAUAAGAUUGGUAAAUACGAUGCGGGGAUGAAUCUCUGGGGCGGUGAAAAUUUGGAGAUAUCGUUCAGGAUAUGGAUGUGUGGAGGAACAUUGGAGUUGGUACCUUGCAGUCGUGUCGGUCACGUGUUCAGGAAACGUAGACCUUAUGGCCUUGGUGAUAAGGAGGAUUUCAUGCUGCAUAACUCGAUGCGGAUGGCGCGAGUGUGGAUGGAUGAAUAUGUGAACAAAGUUAUCGAACAAAACCCAUCGGCUGCCCACGUGUCGAUAGGCGACAUUAGCGACCGCCAGAAACUUAGGAAGGAAUUGCAAUGCAAGUCAUUUAAAUGGUAUUUAGAAAACGUGUAUCCUGAAAUGGAAGCCGGCGAAGAUACGAUCGCUAAGAAGAGAAUUGAAGCUCUUAACGAUCCGGAGAAGAAUAAGUUUCAGCCGUGGCAUUCGAGAAAACGCAAUUACACGGAUUCAUACCAAAUACGGCUCAAGAAUACUUCGCUAUGCAUCCAGAGUGCGACUGACAUCAAAACCAAAGGCAGCGGCCUGAUUCUUGCUGGAUGUAUAAGAAUUAUCAAUCAGAUGUGGUUUGAGACGGACCGCAGCGAGCUGGUCCUGGGCAGGACACUUUGCUUGGACGCGGUGAACAACGUGUCCCCGAUGCUGGGCAAGUGCCACGAGCUGGGCAGCACGCAGGAGUGGAAACACAAGGGAUCGGCUGGAAGUCCCAUAUACAAUACCGCAGCGGGGAUGUGCCUGGGGGUGGAGCGUGCGUAUCGCAACGAGCCCAUACUGAUGGUGAUCUGCGACGAUCGACCCAACAACCAUUGGGACUUUGUGAGAUCCAAGAUUUAGUUUAGGACCUGACAUAUUCGUAUUUCGGACAUUUAACAGAUUAGUAUUUUUUCUAAAACUUUGGUAUACACGGGACUCAUAUUUUCGUUUGUGAAUUUGGUCAGAUAGGGACAUUUAAGGGAUUUUUUAAGAAUAAAUAUAGCAUUAGGAGUCAAUAAUAAUUGAAAGGUAAAAUCAACUUGAUUUCAUAGUAUGUUAAUUUUGACAGGUUUUUUAAUGAAAAAAUAUGGCAUUAUUCUCCUGGAAAUUAUAUGAGGAGUUAUUAAGUUUCUUGAAACGUAAACUUCGAUUGGUCGUGCAAAUAUUAAUAGUUUAUAUGCUUAUAUUAGAUGAAAUGGUAAGAUAUGUUUCUAAAGCCAUAUUUCUUUCAUUAAAAAUAUAUAUUUUUGGACUAUAUUUUUGGCAUUACAGGCUAUCGAAAUAUUAUUGACAACGUAGGUUUUACCAACGACAUCAUAAAAUAAUAGACACCGUCUUAAUUUAUACUGAGAAACUUAUCAUUCAUAUUGAGGUCAGCCAUUAACUAAAACGCCUCCUGAUCCCAUUGUGGUAUUAUUACUACGUGUAGAGAAGUAGGUUUCUAAAUGUGUAAAAGUACCAAAGGGAGGAAAUUUUUCGAUGGAUGAGUUUCAGGAAUUAAUUUGCAAUUAAUUUUCGCGUUAAAUCUCUAAAGAGAUUGUUGGCGCCAGUUUAAUUUAAUGUAUAAUGAAUUGUAUUACAUAAUGUAUUAAAUAAAUAAAUAUGUAUUAUCUGAAAAUAUUCUAUUUUGAUACGGUGUCUAUUAGAUUAUAAUGUCGUUGGAUUGACCAAUCAGCGGUUUUGGACUUUUUGUUAUUACAACGUGCAAUAUUAAUCUAGUUACUUUUGACAAUUAACUCCUUUUUCACGGAUUUAAAAUAGGUAUAUUUAAUAAUUUCUUUCAUUUUAUUUAUAUGUAGGUAUAUCCCGACGAUUCAGUACGACUAUGCUUAUUUACUAAAAUAAAAAGCCGUAACUCUUUUUUAUCUUAAAUGUUAAUUAUUAUAUUUUGUACAUAUUUGGUUACAUAAUAUUAUAGAGUUGGUGCAUAAGAGACAUGAAUUUUUGCUUGAUCAGAUAAAAUAUAACAAUCUGUUUUAAAUUUUGCUGUUUGAAGUUUGUGUGAAUGGUAAAUAAUAAUUUUCAGCAUGGAACCAAUUAUUACUAAUGAAUUAAUUCUACAAGUUAUGCACUCGUAUUAUUAAUAUUUUGUUAUAAUUUUUGCCCACAUCUUGCAUAUUAAUCUUAGGAGUAAUAGCAAACUAAUUAAUUUACAUUAAUUUUAACAUCAGCAUGAACAAUAUUAUUGCCACCUGCGGUGUUCUCGAACAACUAUGACAUUGCAAUUGGGGCCUUCAAGAAAAGAGCUUUUUUGUCCAUUAAAGGACGGUAAAGCACCUGAGUGUUACAGGUGUUUAUGGGCGGUGGUGACCACUUAACAUAGGUGGCCCACCUGCCCCUUUGCUUGCUCUGACAUAAAAAUCAUGUGCACGCUUAUGCAAAAUAAUCUGUAUUAUUACACCAAUCGAUAAAAAAUAUAUAAGUGAUGCGGAUAAUAAUUUUUGAGGAGAGCAGGAGGGUUUUCUUUUAAAUUGUAAACUUUUUGUUUAAAUUGAUCAAGCAAAACUGAUAAGAUUUGUAUGACCGCACUAUAAUGUAUAUGUUAUGGUCAAACCCCGAAGCUCGGGCACUCGUAGGUCGGACUGGUCAAUCCUCAGGUAUGGCAUUUCUAACCUGAUUGGUCAGUUUACGUGAUUUUCACUUUGUAUUUGAGAUGCUUUGGAAUAU